ACCAUGAUCGCAAGGUGCGUGCCACUUCAUUAGAGUUUGUCUACAACAUGAAGCCACUCACGCUCGGUCUGUGGAUUGUCGCUUUGAUCCUUGUCGCCGAGGCGGCACCGGACCGUCGCAUCUUUGGUGGCCUGGAUGCGCUUCCUGGUGAGCUGCCGUAUCAGGUGUCGAUCCGGCGUGCCUUCUUGACCACGAGGACUCACGUUUGUGGUGGCAGUAUCAUCAACCAACAGCACGUACUGACCGCGGCGUCCUGUUUCGGGACCGAUUUGGAUGCUCGCUACGACAUCGUUGCCGGUAAUCUACGGAUCGAUCAGGAUGCCGAUACGCAACAAGUGUUGACCGUCCUUUGGAUUCGCACGCAUCCGAACUAUGAAGGUGGUGCGAGCUCUUCCGACGUGGCCGUUGUCCGUGCCACUUCAGCAUUCCUGUACAACAACUUGGUUGGUCCAAUUUCACUGCCACCGAUGAAUCAGCAACCGUCCGGUGUUGUCCGAAUCGGUGGCUGGGGUUCCUCCAGUACGAGCAUCCUGCCGGGAAAUAACUUCUCCAACAUGCUGCAGAAGGUUCUCGUGCCAAUUCUUGACUUCAAUCAGUGCCUAUCGGUUCUGGGUGGUCCCGGUGGUCCGUUUGAUGAGCGUAACUUCUGUACCGGGCCACUGAGUGGUGGUAUCUCGACGUGCACCGGUGAUGCGGGAGGUGCGGCCGUUCAGGAGCAGCCCAACAAUGUGUACCUGCAGGUUGGUAUCAUCACGUGGAAUAUUCUACCCUGUGGUGGUAUCAACGUACCAUCCAUCUACACCCGUGUGUCCGCGUUCGUCGACUGGAUUCAGGCGAACUCGGUGCUGUGAGUGGUGCCCCUUUUUAACUCGCGAAGGAACAAUAAACGCUACGA